AUGACUAACUAUAUUCAACUGAUUUCUGGCCAUUGGCCAUUCAACAAUGCAAGCAAGCAGCUCAACUGUGCCCAAGCUGCGCUAUUGGACUGUACUAAUAUACCAGCACAGCAAUUCUGUGAAGAAAUCUGUGACCAGCUGAUAUGCAAUGAUAAGACUUGGGAAACUACUAAUGUCAAGCUUCUGGAGGUUCUGACAUGUCUCGAAGAGGUUCAGGUUGGUCUGCAGGGACUGGAAGCAAGUGUACUUGAAGAGACAGGCAUCUCAGGAUUUUUCAAGGACAUCAGCGCAAUUUCUAAGUGGUGCAGAAAUAUUAUUUCUGCAAUCGAGGAACUAUGGUGCAGACAGGGGGAAUUAUUGUACCAGACUCUGGCGUUGAAGGAAUCAACUACUAAGCUAUGGCACUACAAGGGAUGCCAAGUCAGCAUAUAUGUGUGGUUGUCUCAGCUCUGCCUAUGGCUGCUAUACUUUGCAAGGGCAAGUGCAUUCAACCCAAGGGGAAGUCGCACAAAGCGUGGGAAAGUCACGCGCGUGGAGGUGAAGGCACACACAGAGAGUGGUAGGAUGCAUGAAGCAUGGGAAAGUCGUGUGCUAAUAGGUGAAAGUGUGCAAAGGGCUAGGAAUGUGACUGGGGACUAG